AUGGACCAGAAAACUCCUCUCACAAAACAUGAAAAAGACUUCGAUGCUCUCUUGAGCAGCAUCCCGAAUUUCCCUGGUUCUCCUGAUAACCCAAUUGGCUCUGAAGUCCAAGACUACCAUCAAUGCCACACAGGUCCCAUGCAGGUUGAUAAUACCCCUAAGGACUGGACUGUGGAGGACGUCUUCAAAAUUCAGCGAGAGAACAAUGCUGCAUUCUUAGACAACUUUCGUCUGGUUGCUUCAAAUGAAAGAUCAACUUUAGCUCAAGUGGUACAGACUGAAGUCCAUAACGGGAUGGAUCGAGUAUUCAACUGCAUCAAGAGCUUUAUCCCUCAGCCAGCUCAGGCUCCAACUGCCUCGACAGUCACAGAACUUCGCACUCAGCUGAAGAAGGAGAAAAACUACGCACAGAAACUCUCUGGUGACUACAACAACCUUGUUGUGCACACCCAUAAACAAAAGCAAGAUCUUGGCAAAGUAAACGCCAAACUUGAGGAUGCCCUUCGUGAGAGAGACCAGCUACGCCAGCUCCUGGACGGUGGUUCUCUCGCAAACUCUGACAAAGCAACCGAUGAUUCAAUUCGAGGCAAAUGGAAGGCUCUCGCUUACAACAUUCGCUGCCUGGCUCACUACCUUGCCCAAAAUCCGCCUCAACAGCAACUUGACGACAUCGCUAGGGAGCGGCUACGAUUUGUCGCCAGAGAUUAUUACACAUUUCUCGAAGAUGAAGAUUACCGAGAGCUUAUUCUCAUGAGCUAUCUAUGGGCUACUGUUCAAGACAACGCGUUUGACGCCAUUGGGACUGUUUGGGGUGGGCCUGAGUUGAGGGCUUUCAAGGCUGUUCGUGAUCGCAUUAUCACGCGUAUUGGAGAUGGGGUUAAUAUUCCCAAUAGCGAUGACCCCGUCGCCUAUGCUGCACGAUGGCUGGCUCAAGGCUCAUCAAUGAUGGGCAAACUUUGGGAAAGAGAUGAUCGUGGCUUCAGACGUCUCGUACUCACCGAAACCAAACUUCUGAGACCAUUCUAUUCAACUCGCCAGUCCAUGGUAGACAGAUGUGAUAGGAAGGUCACUGAUCAACUAAGAGACAUUCUGAGCUCAGCAAUCGAACUUGACGAGAUAAUGAUGCGCUCCAAGGCAAUCUUUCAAGUUCACUGGCGAGAUCGAUCCCAGAGUCUCGAUUCUGCUACUAUGUGGAAUCAAAAUGUCAUGGAUUCGGAAGCCUCUACGAAGACCCUAUCACCUAGAAGUCGCGUUGUUUUCUUCAUCUCGCCAGUUGUCUACAAGACUGGCACCGCUGAUGGACAGAGGUACGAUUCUCAGAUGGUGUUGGCCAAGGCUUCUGUGGUCUGCGACUGA